AUGGCGUCGUACAGCGCUGUGCACAGCUCCAGCCGUCAAGACCUCCAGGACACGCCCGGCGGGUACUCUGACGAACCCAUGUCCGGGCAAGCACCUCUAGCCGCGGGCUCCGUUAAACGCCGCACACUGAGCCCAUGGGUCAAGUUUGGUGUACCGAUCGCGAUCCUCGUCAUCAUCGGUGCCGUCCUGGGCGGCGUCCUCGGCUCACGCGCGGCACGGAACAACAACUCGAGCAGUAGCUCUACCGCCGGCGGCUCCUCUUCAUCGGGAGAUACCUCGCCCGCCGCUGCCAGCUCGGCUGUCAGCGCGAAGAAUGCAUUAGGUAUCUUUGCCACCUCGACCAACUCGGAGUUCAUGGUACCCGUUUACCCAUCUACUACGAACACAGCAGUCUUCACGACUCCGACAUUCAACACUCAGCAGGCCGUUGCCGUCUGGCCAGACGACCCCUUCCAGCCGAGUGAUCCCUCGCCAACAUCGGUCCGCAGUGACCGUCCUCGCCUAAUCGCGCCCGCCUACAAAUGGCAAGCACUGCCCUCACUCAUUACAAAGGACCCUUACCUCAAAGCGUGGAACGACACCAUCUUCGGCAAUGCCUCAACGUGGGCUGCUAUGGACGUCGUGGGCUACGUGGACGAUGGCAGCAACGGCAUUCUCGAUGUCGCACGUCAGAUCAAGGAGCGCAUAAAAGCAUUUUCCUAUGCGUACCGCAUGACCAACGAUACCAAGUGGUCGGAUCGUGCGUACCUCGAGAUGGUGAACGCGGGCAGCGACAGUUGGGGUCCGAGCACGGACAAGUGGAACACCAAUCAUUUCCUCGACACGGCGGAGCUUUCUGCUGCCUACGGUAUCGGCUAUGAUUGGUUGUACGAGUCGCUCAACGACACGCAGAAAGAGUACAUCCGCGACACCAUGAUCAAGUGGGGGCUUGAGCCCGGACGUCAGGUCUUCGAGGAUAACGCCAGCUUCGGCUGGUGGUCAGCCGCCACCAUCAAGGGAAACUGGAAUUGUGUCUGCAACGGCGGCCUUACUUUAGGCGCUCUCGCCAUCCUGGGAGACGAUAAUGGGACCGCUUCCGCCCUUCUCGGUCACACCAUCGGUAAUGCUCAGCAGGCGUGUGUGUUAGCUCCCUCUCCGGAUGGCACAUGGGCUGAGACUGCGAACUACUGGUACUUCGGGACGACCGGCAUGGCUGAGAUGUCGAGCGCGUUGCAAACCGCGACUGGCUCUGAUCAUGGGCUGCUCGCGGCCGGUAGCGGUGUGAAUGCCACGGCGUUAUACCACAUGUAUGUGACCGGCGCGACCUCGUUAUUCAAUUAUGGCGAUCACGGCCCAAACAAGUUCAGCACUACGGCCAACAUGAUGCACUACUUUGCCACGCAAUUCAGCAUGCCUCAGUACUCACUCUUCCAACGUGACCGCUUCGACUCGGCAUCAGACCCUUGGGCCAUGUUCUGGUACGAUCCAUCCGUCACUGGCGCAUGGUGGGACGGUCUCGCGCUCGACCACUACUUCGACAACUCAACGGAUCAGUGGGCAAGCAUGCGCAGUAGCUGGACUGACAUUAAUGCAUUGUACGUCGCAGUCAAGGCGGGCAAGUUGGUCGGUCAUCAGACGCACAACGACCUGGACGCCGGCGACUUCGUUCUCGACGCGCUUGGCACGCGAUGGGCCGGAGAGCUUGGCUCAGGCGAUUACUUGUCUACUGGUUACUUUUCGUCCGAUGAUCAGGACUCGCAACGCUGGCUGUACUACCGAAAGCGUACAGAGGGUCAGAAUACAAUCCUCGUCGGCCAAGAAAAUCAAGACGUUACUGCGUCGCCGACAGCCGAGUUUCAAUCGACUGGUGAGGCUCAGGGCUCGAGCACUGUGUAUGAUGUCCCCAAAGGCUCUGCGGCGUAUUUCGUCGCGGACUUGACCUCGGCCUACUUCAACACGACAUCGUUCAAGCGUGGCGUGCGCACUAUCAACCAACGACGCCAGGUUCUCAUCCAGGAUGAGAUCAACGCUUCGGCGGGGGUCAUGUGGAGGAUGCACACCAACGCGACGGUCUCGAUCGACAGUGCCGGCACGACGGCAACGUUGACGCUCGACGGACAGACGAUGAAGAUAGCGCUUCUCAACGCCCCGUCCGGGGCCAAGUUCACGACGAUGGAGCCCGUACGCUUUUCGACGGAUCCCGCGCUCCCGUCUGGCCAGACCGACCAGGACAAUCCUGGCGUGACCGUGCUUGCGAUUUCGCUCGAUGCAGGCAGCUACACGCUUGAGGUGCUCUUCAACCCGCAAUGGGAUGGCUUCACCGACUUUGCGACGCCGAGCUCAGUCGCGCUCAACGACUGGAGUUUGACAAGUCACCCUUGA